AUUGUGAGCAGGUUGCAUAGAACGUGGCCAGCACAAACAAACUUACCUCAAUCAUCACUAACUUAUCCCAUUAUCACCGCAGGUCCCAUAUCCGCUGAUAUCAUGAUUCGUACGUAUCAACUGCCGCCUGCAAAUUCGACAGUGUCACACAUUCAACUUACGCCGUUACCACAAUUGGCCGAGGCAAGAAGCCAAGAGGAUGAUUGGACUGGCACCAAGGAUGCUGCAGCACGCAGACGGGCACAGACUAGACUCAACACAAGGGCAUACCGAAAGCGCAAAGCCCAAGCAAGGAAAGUCGAAGAGUCCACUGCUACGACUGGGACACUGGCAAAAUCAGAAGCCCUAGUGGAAUGCUGGGAUAAUGAACAGCAAUCCGUAUCCAUCGUCCCAGCAUCCCGAAUCAAGCUAUUUUACAGUAUGAGAUAUCCAUUGUUGCCAUCAGAUAAAUCUAGAAAAGAACACUUCAAUAUUAUCUUCCCUCUCUGUCCAGACCACCUCAUCACACUCCUCCAAUUCAACGCCCUCCGCUCCAUGGCCGUCAACCGCACUCUAAUCUCAGGUAUCCUCACCUCGCCGCUCGACUGUGACGAGGAAGUGAUCCACGUUAUCCCUUACCCUGCGAAACCCGACCUCAUUCCACCAGCACUCCUGCCCACCACCCUGCAACAAACAGUGCCACACCCCGAUUGGAUCGAUCUCUUCCCGUGUGCCGAAGGACGAGAUCGUCUGAUCCGAGCCGUCGGCACCUUCGAUGAGGAUGACCUUUGGGCCGACUGCAUCGGUGGGCUGUACGAGGGUUUCCCUGACGACGAGAUCAAGCAACGCGGCAUCAUUGCAUGGUCGCCGCCAUGGGACAUCACGGGAUGGGAGAUGUCGGAGGGCUUUCUGAGGAAAUGGGGGUGGUUGGUUGAAGGGUUUCCUGGGAUGUUGGAGGCAACGAAUCGGUGGCGGAUGGAGAGAGGUGAGGAACCAUUGGCUGAUGACUGCACGUCACAAAAUGUAAUUUUGUGACCUUCAUCUUGCCCCAAUACUUUGUCAUAAGCCAUCCUAAUUCAUGUCUCUCGAAAAUAGAG